AUGUCUUCCCCAUCCAAAACGGACAUCUCCAAGAUCGAGGCUCAGCCCAACGAAUCUUCCACGGCAUCAAUCCACGAAGGCAAGGUGUCUGAUGUUGCAGCGGAUAUCGUACAUGCUGCAGAGGAUGAAUUUACACAAGAACAAUACAACAAGCUUCGGAAGAAGAUCGACUGGAUCAUUCUGCCGCUCAUGUGGGUGAUUUCUGGCACUCAGUAUGCCGACAAAGCCUCAAUUGCCACACAAGCUACGUUCGGCAUGCGGACAGAUACGCACUUGGUGGGCCAGCAGUAUUCAUGGCUGACUUCCAUCUUCUAUAUUGCCUUUUUGGCCAGCGAAGCUCCUGGAAACUACAUUCUUCAGCGCAGCGGUCUCGGGAUAACCGUGGCGAUUUCCAUGUUCUGCUGGGGUAUCAUCGUGCUUUGCAUUGCAUUUGCCAAGAACUUCGCCGGGUUGGCAGUUUUGCGAUUCCUCGAGGGUGUCUCAGAGUGCACGACAUACCCCGCCCUCCUCAUCAUCACCGCCUCAUGGUACACCAAGGAAGAACAUGCGAUGCGAUCUGUCGUCUGGGGUAGCGCCAAUGCUGGCAUGGACGUCCUGACCAGCCUAAUUAAUUACGGCAUCGGCCGAGAGGCUGAAGCGCACCCCACAGGCCUUGCUCCAUGGAAAGGAAUCUCAAUCUUCCUCGGGAGCCUCACCAUCGCCCUCUCUAUCCUUGUAUAUUUCACCUUCGGCACACCUCGGGAGGUGCGCUGGCUCACGGACAAUGAAAAACGGAUGGCAGCGGCCCGCAUCGUCUCGAGUCAAACGGGGUCCGACGCGCAGAAACGCGACAUCGACUGGCGCCAGGUGGGGAUCACUUUCCAGGACCCUCAGACGUACUUCUUCUUCGUCCUCGUCAUGGUGAACUCGAUUCCCAACGGCGGAACCACCGCCUUCGGCAACCUGGUGUAUGUCUCCUUUGGCUUCACGAACCUGGAAACCCUCGUCGAGGGCAAGAUCCCCCAACAGAUCUUGUCGAUUCUCUGGUUCCUGGUGGCGGGUUAUAUCACCCUCAAGAGAUCUAAUCUUCGCUUCUACAUCAUGAUCUUCUCCGUGAUCCCAGCAUUCACCGGCAUGCUCGCACUGGCACUGUUACCUCAUGGUGCCGGACAACUCUGGGUCCGCUGGGGAAUGUACUUCAUGACCAUCAUUGGCAAUGUUGCCGGGCCCUUGAUCUGGACCCUCCUCCCAUCCAACAUCGCCGGCCGCACCAAGAAAUCCGUCACCGGCACCGUCCUCUUCAUCGCCUAUUGCGCCGGCAACUGUAUCGGCGCCCAGGUCUUUCGUGACAAGGACGCGCCCCGCUACAUCCCGGCUAUCGUGGUGUGUUCGGUCAUGUAUGCGCUCGAGAUUGUGUUGAUGGUUGCUUGGAGGUCGUACUAUAUCUGGCAGAAUACUCGACGGGAUAGGGUAAUCGCGGAGAUGGGGUUGACGAAGGAACAGUCGUUGCAUCUGGGCCGGUUGAAUGCGGAGGAGGAUAUGACGGAUUGGGAGAAUGUGCAUUUUCAGUAUAGUGUUUAA